CUGAUCAGCCCUAGGAGCCGCGGCGGUUGUCGGCUGGGGCGGGGCACUCCACGACUUUCCCGGCCAGACGCGGUCGCCUUUCGAGGUAUCUUGGCCUGCGAGGCACUCGUAGCCCGCCCCUCUCCUAGGUGACGCACAUUGGAGACGCCGUCGCUCAGCAACCCGGGUUCGAGUCCCCGCCUCGGCCGCCAUGGCGGAUGCGGAGCAGGAGGCUGGGGGCGGCAGCGAGGAUGGUGGCGACGGCGGCGGCCCGACUCUUCCGGGCCAGAGCGGCAGCGUCGCACGUGUGGCCCCGCUGGGCCCCGAGCAGCUGCGGCGGGUCCUGGAGCAGGUGACGAAGGCGCAGCCGCCGCCGCCGCCGCCGCCGCCGCCCCCCUUCGUGCUGCAGGACGCGGCGCGGCGGCUGCGGGACGCGGCCCAACAGGCCGCCCUGCAGCGGGGCCGGGGCACCGAGCCCCCGCGCCCGCCGCGCCUGCUCCCGCCCCAGCAACUAGAAGCCAUUUGUGUCAAGGUAACGUCUGGAGAAACGAAAGGUCAGGAAAGGCCAAAGCCCCUACCGGCCACAAUCCAGCCCCAAACUGCAAGAAAGAGCCAGCCGCCCCGGGGGAACUCCUGCCUGGUGGGGCUCCACAUCACCAGCCCUCAGCUGCUCAGGGUACAGCCGCUUGUGAGAACCGAGCCACAGUCAUGCUUCCUAAGUGACUUACGCCAACCUCCUGCUCAGAGGUUUGUACAGAGACCACUGCCAGCCCUCCAGGUGGUCCCUACAAAGACAGUCCCAGCCCCCAAGGCUCCAAAUGAACAGGGCUCCAUGUUGACCCCUUUGUCUACCUCCGAACCGCUGGCAGUAACAUCUGUUUCAUCCAGUUCAGCACAUCCGUUUAUUUCCAACUUGCAUACAAAACAUACUGAGAAACUAAAAAAAUCGUUAAAAGUACAGACACGUUCUGGACGGGUAUCUCGACCUCCCAAGUAUAAAGCUAAAGAUUACAAGUUCAUAAAAACAGAGGAUUUGGCAGAUGGUCAUCCGUCAGAUUCUGAUGAUUAUUCAGAACUCUGUGUGGAAGAAGAUGAAGAUCAGAGGGAGAGGCACGCACUCUUUGACUUAUCAAGCUGCCCCCUGAGGCCCAAAAGCUUUAAGUGUCAGACUUGUGAAAAGUCAUAUAUAGGGAAGGGGGGACUGGCCCGACAUUUUAAACUUAACCCAGGCCAUGGCCAGCUGGACCCCGAGAUGGUGCUGUCUGAGAAAGCCAGUGGAAGCACCCUCCGAGGGUGCAUGGAGGAAAGGACACUCAGCCUGACCUCCCCGGGGCUGUCCACGCCAGCGGCUCCAUGUGAGGGAGGGGCCCGCUCCUGCUUGGUGACAGAGUCAGCACGCGGUGGCCUGCAGAAUGGUCAGUCUGUAGACGUUGAAGAGACAUUGCCAUCUGAACCAGAAAAUGGAGCUCUUUUGGGAUCAGAGAGAUACCAAGGACCUAGAAGACGCGCAUGCUCAGAGACCCCUGCAGAGUCCCGCACAGCUGUCCUCCAGCAGAGAAGAGCCGCUCAGCUACCUGGUGGCCCUGCUGCGGCAGGGGAGCAGAGGGUGUCGCCAAGCAAAGCCAGGCUCAAGGAGUUUCUCCAGCAGUGCGACCGGGAGGAUCUGGUGGAACUGGCUCUACCUCAGCUGGCUCAGGUUGUGACCGUGUAUGAGUUUCUUCUGAUGAAGGUUGCCGAGUCAUUAGGAAUCACAGAAUUCCUAAGGAAGAAAGAAAUACGCCCAGACAACCUUGGACUCAAGCACCCCAGCCAAGACAUGGAUGGGGAGCAGCCAGAGGGAGCCGGCAGCGAGAAGAGGGAACGUGAGGCUGCGGAGGAAGGACUGGCCUCGGUGAAAAGGCCCAGAAGAGAAGCCCUGUCCAACGAUACCACUGAAUCUCUUGCUGCCAACAGCAGAGGCUGGGAGAAGCCCAGGCCCUUGCAUGCUUUGGCCGCUGGUUUUGCCGCUCCAGUAAAUGUGACUGUCUGUCCCCGUUCUGAAGAAAGCCAUACGACAACGGUUUCUGGUGGCGAUGGGAGCGUGUUCCAGGCGGGCUCGCAGCUUCAGGUGCUGGCUAACUUAGAAGCCAGGAGUGAGUCUACAGGUGCUGCUUUCUCAUCCCGGGAUGUCAGUGGGCUGCCUCUUUAUGCUCAGUCAGGAGAGCCUAGGAGGCUGACCCAGGCACAGGUGGCAGCAUUUCCUGGAGAGAAUGCUUUGGAACACUCUUCAGACCAGGACACCCGGGACAGCCUGAGGAGCCCAGGUUUCUGCAGCACUUUGUCAUCUGGUGGUGGAGCAGAGUCCCUGUCACCUGGGGGGCCUGGACAUACAGAGGCAGGACACCUCGGUAAGGUUUGUGACUUUCACCUGAACCGCCAGCAGCCCAGCCCCAGCAGCGUCCUGCCUAUGGAGGUUGCAGCCCCUCCACUUGAGAAAAUUUUGUCUGUGGAUAGCGUGGCAGUAGACUGUGCCUACAGGACCGUGCACAAGCCAGGGCCUCAGCCUGGCCCACAUGGAUCACUAUUGACUGAAGGGCGUCUCAGAAGCCUUUCAGGGGACUUGAACCGGUUCCCCUGUGGGAUGGAGGUGCACUCUGGCCAGAGAGAACUGGAGAGCGUGGUUGCUGUCGGCGAAGCCAUGGCUUUUGAAAUUUCCAACGGGAGCCAUGAGUUAUCGUCUCAGGGACAGAAGCAGAUUUUUAUUCAGACUUCCGAUGGGCUUAUCUUGUCCCCUCCAGGUACAAUAGUGUCUCAGGAGGAGGACAUUGUCAUAGUGACUGAUGCAGAGGGGCGUGCCUGCGGAUGGGCCCACCAGAAGGAGUUCCUCUAGAAGCUGUGGACUUGUUUGUCACCGUGGAGCCAGAGCCCUCACAGUGAAGUGGAGUCAGAUCCUAGAUUUGUCUGAUUUUAUCCAGCGAAAGUCUAUGGCAAGCAAUGUAUAUUUUUCUAAUGUGAAUAUUGCACAGAUGAACCUAUUUAUAAAGAAUAAUGUCUCUCUACCCUGCUGUCUACAUUUUUGUAUGGAGCUUGUCAUCAUAAUAGCAGAUGUUACCUGAUCAGGAAUCUCUGUGGCGCGUCUGACGCUCAUGAGUUUUUCAUGAUGUGAUGAGUAGCACUGCACUGUCACCUGAUGAUUGGCCCUGCUCCGUUUCCCUUCUCUCCUGGGAGAUAUGCUGCUUUUCCACCAGACUUGCUCCAUACUAGAAGCUUCUUUUGGGUUCAAUUAAAAAGAAAAUAAGCUAGUCAUUCUGGGCAGCAUUUUAUUGAUAGAAGGGUAAAAAAGUCAUUUCUACUUGCAUGAUUUUUUAAAUUAAAUUAAAUUUAAUUAAUU